CACAAAACUGCUCAAAAUUGUCUUGCUGAUGUAUACUCUUUGCUCCAAGCCAUUCGCGCAUGGCCGGCGUACCGCGGUUCAUGGCGGCAAAGUGUUAGUUGGUGCAAGAGCGGAAAGCGAAUUGACAGUCGUAGGAUUAGACGGUCUUCCUGAUUUCUGUCUGAAUAUAAAUCUUUCGAUUUAUGCUGUUGGACAUGCACUAAUUUGUACGUGCGUUGAUUUAUUCAUUUCUUAUAACAUUACUUCAAAUGAAUUGGAAAACGCAUCAGUGUCACCGUUUUGUUACCAGUGUCAUCAUUUCAAUAAUGAUUCUGAGAUACCAAAAUGUGUCUCGAUUUAUUGUGCUGCCUACUUGAGUGUGGGAAAUUGUUUACAAGAUUUUGCUGCCGCUGUUAUGGCAGGUAAUACAUUCCAAGCUCAUCAGCUAAGGAUAUCCCUGCUAUCAAUGUUGCGCCAGCUCUUGGCUCUUCAUGAGGAGCUGUUGCAGCUUUGUGCAGUAGACAUUUGAGAAGUCACUUCAGCAAAGUUCUUUAAUAUUUGUUCACGUGAGUUGGGAGAGGUGAGUGAUAAAUCUUCCUAACUAAACCUUUGACUGGAGCAUAUUUCUAGUUAUAACAGUAUCCCAGUCGUUGAUGCACUGAAUGGAAUUGUGUAUAGGCGUAUAGGUGACAAAUUAGAGUAUAACUGAUUAGCGCACAUAGCCUUAGAUUUGAAGUAUUACUCAUUGUAAUGGCUAAAGACCAUUCUUUCAAUAAGCAUUUGAAGCGAGUGCCACAACUACACUGUUUAUUAUUUCCAAACACUGUGAUAUUACUCAUUCAACUUUUCUGGAACAAUGACCUUGCUUUCCCCUCUCUGGUACAAUAAACAGAUGAAGGAAGAAGCUCGCAACGAGCACUGUAGACAACAUUCCAAACACAUCUUCACUGGUAUGAAAUAAAAGAAGAAAAAUUCUUUUGUAGACAAGAACUUCUACCAGUUAUUUUCUCCAAAAAAAAAUCUUUAAAAAAAAUGACUAGCGGGUAAAAAUCUAUUACACAAGAUACCUUCAACUCUUAAAAAACUUACAACGCAAAUUAUUGAGAAUGUUGCGAUGGCAUGACCAAUUUUCCAGAGGUUGGCAUUGCCUCAAAAUCUAGUGCACGAUUUUAUAACUAAUACCCCUACUCUAUCCACAUUUCUUCAAUCCAUCGUUCAAGAAAAGCUGCAC